UCGAGUAUUUAAAGCGAGUGACUUGAAUCUAGAGAAACAAAAGAGGUUAUUGCAUAAACAAUUUACAUCGAUAGUUGGACACCUAUAUUUUCAUAUUUUAGAAUAUUUAACACGAAUUGAUUUCUUUUUAACUAAAAGUUACCACAAACUGAAUUUCAACACGGAUAGAAAAAUACACGUGGAUGCUAAAUAGGAUAAUAAUAGAAUAGCUACCUUAUCGAAAAUUGAAUCAUGUGCAAUAUAUAUAUACGCCCAAUUACAGAUUGAUAGAUACAUGAUCAGAUAUACCUGAACGCGUUAUCAUUCAUUCUCUUUGCCCCGAUAAUGCAGUUGAAUUCACAUUUAGCAAAUAACUGAUUUCCUAUAAAAAGGCAAGUGUGCUCAUUUAUCAUUAUCAGUACGCCAAGACGUGAUAUACCAAGUGGAUCGAUAUUUUUGCUUCUUAUUCAGAAACAUGAAGACGUUCGUUUUUCUUUGCCUACUGUUCGUGACUGUCUGUUCUGCACAGAGAUUCCCCAACGACAUAUUAAAUCAGGCAAUGAAUGCUAUAAAAAAUGCUAAAAGCUCGGUUGACAGUGUCAUGUUAGAUUUGAAAAACUCUCAGACGAACAUUGGCUUAAACGGAAAAAAUCAAAUUAGCAACCUUUAUAUUCAAGCUAGUCAGAACAUCAACUCAAUUUUAAAAACUCGUCUUGAUUAUAUCAAGGAAAAGUCACAAGAAGCAAAGGAGUCAGGUAAGAAUGCUGAAGAUUGUUUUAAUACCGUCACAAAGAAUAUGAAGGACGCCGGUCAAACAGGGUAUAAUCAACUCAAUAAUUGCGAAAACACAGCAAAUCAAAAUUUGAACACAGUACUACAAGCAUUUGACAACGAGCAAGCAAAUGGACAGAAAUUAAAAAAUCAAUUAGAUCAGGUUGCCUUGGGAUGCAUGGGUUCUUCUAAUCCUCAACAAGUCGCAAGUUGUAUACUUAUGAAAGUAGGAGUCAUCAAUCAGGAUAUUCGUCAAUACCAGCAAAGAGCUUCACAACUGAACAUGAAUGCAGAGAGGAAUAAAAAUGCAAUUACUUUACAACAAACAUCUUGCAAUAGUGGUGCCAUCUCCAUAGUUCAAAAUGCAUCUAGUAAAGCCAUAUAUGCCGCAGCUGAUUGUCUUAAAAACUAAAACGAAUAGGUCUUAAAUGUUAAUAGAAUGUUGAAUCGAAAAUUAAAUUUGUCGAUUAUAAAAUAAAACCCAUAAAUUAACGCCUA